AUGUUUUAACCAAAAAUGAUAGAAUUAGAAGAAUAACUUAUUUGUAGCAAAAACCAUAAAAGUCCUAUUCAAAUGGUUUUAUUAGAUAAAAACUUAAAGAGAGAAGAACGUCUUUUAUGUGCAAUUUGUUUGGAAAAUUUUGAAGGUGAAGCUAAAAUAAUUGGAAUUAAAAAAGUACUUUAAAAGAUUUAAGACAACUAACAGAAGAAAGUGGAAAACAUCUAAAAAUUGAUUAAUAUUGAUGUAGAUUUAGUAGAAUCAUUUGUGAGUGAACUAAAAUAAUUAAAGUCAAAAAUUAUAUAAUAAUUUGAUGAAUUAAUAUCUUAUUCUUCAGAGUGGAUCUAAAGUCUUAAUAAUAUUGGAUAAUAUAAUUCGUAAUAUAGUUUCUAUGAGGAAUUAGAAAUUGUUAUAAAGAAUAAUUAAAUGCAAAACUUAUUUAAUGAAUAAUCAAUCAUUGCCUAAAUAACAAAACUUAACAAUUAGCUUUAUGACAAAAUCAAUAUGAAACUAUCCGCUCUCAGGGACUAAGUAUUAUAUUCAUAAUGUGACAAAGCUUUAAUCAAUUUAAAUUAACACCAUAAUAUGAAAUUAAUAGAUAAUUCAAUUAUCAAAGCUGAAACCUGCUAUGCAAUUUCUUUUAAUUAAUCUGGGUCUCUCAUGAUCUCGGCCUCUAAUUAUGACAUUAUAGUAUGGAAAUUUGAGAAAGGAAAAAUGAAUGAAAUUACCAAAAUUAGUGGACAUACUUAAACUAUAUCUUGCUUGUAAUUUAGUUAAAAAAGCAAUAGUUUCGUAUCUGCCGGUUUUGAUAAUUCGAUUCGUUGUUGGAAUUAAAUUAAUUAAAAAGAAUGGAAGAGUUCCUAAUCCUAUACUUAACAUACAAAUUGUAUAAAUUGCUUAAUCUUAAAUCAAUCUGAAAACUAACUUAUUUCUGGUGGAAGAGAUAAAUCAAUUAAAAUUUGGAAAAUUGAUUUUACUAAUAAUUAAUUAACUUAUCUUUAUUAUUUAGAUAAACAUACAAAUAAUGUUUAUAGUUUGUGUUUUAAUCAAUCUGAAGAUACUUUGGUUUCUUGUGGUGAUGAAUCAAUAAUAAUUUGGAAGAUGGACAAUUUAAAAAAAUGGUAAUUUGGAUAAGUAGUUACAAAAUCAAUUAAUGAAUUUGGAUAUAGAUUAUGCUUUAUAAAUAAUGACUAAUUUAUUUAGAUUGCAGGAAAUUAAAUAAGUAAGGAUUGUAUCAGUACUUUUGAACUAAAAAAUGAAAAAUAUCAAGAAAAUUUAUCAAAAGAAUUAAAAUUAAUUAAAAAUGAUUAAACAUCUGAUCUCAAUUUAUUUCCAAUCUUUCAUGUCAGAUAAAAUAAUUUAAUGAUUGUUAAACACAAAUAUUAUGUUUACUUGAUCAAAAUAUCAAAUGAAGGCUAACUCAAAAUAAUCACAUAUAUAAAAUUUGAAUCCAAUUAUAUUUUUGGAGCAUUAUCUUAUGAUGGAAGAUAUUUGGUAAUUUGGGAGAAAGUUGAACAGAAAUUUCAUAUAUAUGAAUUAAAUAAUAAUUGA